AUGUACGAGUCGAGCGCACAGCGCGUCGUGGGCAGCCGGCCCAAGGUCCGAAGAUCCGGCAACAGUGCUACGAGCGCAUUGCAGAACAUCAGGAACGCCGUGGGUCAGCGAAAAUGGAAAUACGUGAUCGGCGCGUGCUUUCUGAUAAGUGUCGUUGCCGUGGUGCUGCCCGCAAGUGCAGCGCGUUCUGCGAAGCGGACGUCGUCUCAUCACGCCGCCGCGCCCGUGCACAAAACCGUCGCGCAGAACGAAGCGGCCGACGAGCAACGCGCGGUCUACCACGCACCCGCGGUCAACAAGAAAUCGCUGGCACGCAAUCCCACCGACCACCACGCGGCCAAGGUGCGCAAGGCCGCACCAGCCGCCUCCGCGGCCAGGAAGCGUAGGCGGACGACGUCGCCUACCCGCAAGCCUCCAAAGAUCGCCGAGGAAAAAGAGCGCGAAGAUGAGGCGGAGAAAGACGGUGCCGCUGCACGAGCAGCGGCCGAUGAACCAGAACCAGCGGCCGUCCAGGACGCACCGGAGGUGUUAGCGCCCACUGGAGCGGACAAGAACAGCACCCGGGCGUCUAAAGACCGCGCGACAAAGGCCGGCAAGGCUGAGGCGAACGCCAAGAAGGUGGCUGCAUAUAGGCAAAGCGAGGCUCCGAGCAACGAGUCGAUCUUUCGCUUCGCCACGCCUGCAUUGCCCAACGACGCUGGCGACCACGGCGACGAGAACAUUCGCCUGCCGAAGAACGUCAGGCCGGUCGCGUACAAGCUCGUACUAGUGCCAGAGUACCAAGACCAGAGCAUGUCGUUCAAGGGCAGCGUGCGCAUCACACUGGAAGCUUUGGAGCCCACCAAGCUGAUACAGCUGCACGCGGCCAAUCUGGUCAUCAACCGCGGCAACCUGUCUCUGCGCUUCGCUUCGGGCGCUCCCGGUCCUGACAUCCUGAGCAUCCGCACCAACGACUUUUCCCAGUUCCUGUACAUCAACCUGGCCGAGGACCUUGUGGCGGGCGACAAGUACGAGCUGAACAUCUCGUUCAGCACGGUGGCUAUGUACGACAACGGCUUCAACGUCCGACGCUACCAGAGGGACGAAGGCCCACCCGUAUGGGUUUAUGGCGCCAAUUUCCUGCCCACCGAAGCCAGGCGUACGUUCCCAUGCUUCGACGAACCUGGAAUUAAGGCUCCCUUCAUUAUUGAAGUCGUUCGACCCAACAACCUUCACACGCUCUCUAACAUGCCCCUAUCAGCAACGUAUAAAAAGCGCAACGAGUCAAAAGCAGAUGUGUUCGUCACGUCUUUCCCCAUGUCAACGUUCGCUACCGGAUUCUUCAUAUCCGACUUUGUGUCUUACGGAAACAGCACGAUGAAGCUUUGGGCACGCCCUGGUGUAGCGAAGGACGUCGACUUCCUGCUUACGAUGGGACCGCAGAUUCUGAAGUUUUACGAAGAAUACUUCGCGUCGCCGUAUCAAGUGCCAAAGACCGACGUGAUCGCCAUGGAGCAUUACAUCAGCGACAUUCAAAACAUGGGGCUCCUGUACUUGCCCGAGUCGAUCGCAUUCUACGAUGCCGAGGACUCUUCGAUAGCCAAGAGGCAGACCGUCAUGCUCUCCCUCUGUCACGCCUUCUCUCACGAGUGGUUCGGGAACCUAGUUUCUCCGGAGUGGUGGGACGACGUUUGGCUGAUGGACGGAUUCGCAACGUACUUCCAGUACCGAUGUCUCGAGUACUUCGACCAGACUUCCAAAUCGUACGAUCUUAUGCUCGUCAACGAGAUCGUUCCCGUCAUGAAGCACGACAUCAUGAAGUACGCUCCGGCGGUGGUUACAAACGUGGACACCCAGUACAGGAUCUACCAGUCAUUCAAUGUCUUCAGCACUCAGAAGGCUGUAGCGCUUCUGCGCAUGCUAGAUAUGGCUGUUGGAGAAGAGCACUUCAAGAUGGGCGUAUACAAAAUCCUCGACAAAAGGAUGUUCGGCAACGUGACUUCCGCAUUCGUGUGGGACGCAUUUACAGAGGCGAUGCCGAAGAAACGUCCCCUGAAGGUCGCGAAUGUGAUGGAGCCGUGGGUGACACAGCCGGGAUUCCCCAUGCUCAUGGUGAACCGCGUCUACGACGAAAACGCAGCCACGCUCGUUCAGAGCAAGUUCGCACUCGAGCCGGAGGAACGAGAGUCGAGGUUCACAUGGCCGAUCCCAAUCACUUUUGUGUCAUCCGAACAGCGGCUGUUUGACAACACCAUGCCAACCGUUUGGCUGUACGACAAAGAAGGCCAACUGGAGAACCUGCCUGGCCCCCAUCACUGGGUUCUGAUCAACAGCAAGUUCUCGGGCUAUUACAAAGUGAACUACGACGUUCACAACUGGGACCUGAUCAUUCGUCAGCUGCUUUGGAACCACACGUACAUCCACCCACUGAACCGCGCUCAGAUUCAGAACGACCUGUUCGACUUGGCAAAGGCCGGCCUCGUGAACUACACCGUAGCCCUUGAGGCCACCAAGUACUUACUGAAGGAGCAAGACUACAUACCGUGGAAAGCCGCCUUCGAGAAGAUGAAGGACGUCGGGGUCCGGCUGCAGACGACCGAGUCUUACUCGAAGUGGAAGGGAUACAUGUCGUCCCUCUUGAGCGCCAACUUCGCAAACAUCUCGUGGGAUGGCAACGAGACGUCGCUUCUAUCCGCUGAACUCGAGUCCGAGCUCGCCUUCCUUACUUGCUACUACGGUUACCAGCCCUGCAUCGACAAGGCAUUGGAGAUGUUCCAUGAGGUGAAGGAGAGCACAGCCGCGGGCGAUGAUCUGCCGUCGCACCUACGCUACACCGUGUUCUGCGAGGCGGUGAAAACCGGCGGCGAGAAGAACUGGAAGUUCCUGUGGGACAGACUGCAGGAGUCCGAUGACCCGUCAGAGCGAGCGGACAUCAUCAAGGCUCUCAGCUGCUCUCGCAGCGCGCAGCUUCUCGGAAACUACCUCAAGUCCGUGGUGGCACCUGACGACGUCAUCCGACACGAAGACAUCCCCGGUCUGUUCACGUCUUUCUCGGACAACCACGAGGGCAAGCCCGUCGCCUUCAAGUUCAUCAACGACGAGUGGGGCUCCAUUCACAAGAGGUUCCGCGAUGUCCCCGAGGUACUCUUCCAAAUCGAAGAAUCGCUUCUAGAGACUGCGAGCGAAUCAGCAGACGCUAAGACGCUGAGCUCCUUUUACAAGCACAACAAGCAGUCCACGAAGAUUCCAGAAUGGCGCUACAAGCAGGUGCAAGAGGAGCGAAAACUCGACGAUGCCUGGAAGGCAAAGUUCUACCCCGUCGUGAAACACUGGCUGGACGAGAUUGACUUGGCAGUGUAGUCCCGGUCUCGCGUAAUAAAAAAAAAAA